AAGUUGGCUCAACUUACACGUGCAGCAUUUUUUUUGUUUCUCACACGUACUAUCUCCGUCACGUAGGCCAAUUGUCUCCGUGGGAGAAUUAUGUCGCGAAUGCUGCUUAUUUCCUUUUAUUUUCUCGGUACCCGGCCUUCAAAGGCGAUAUCUUUUCAUAAAGUCAACUUGCUGAGAUCAGAGUUUGCGUUCCUCCUUGCUCUUUCGCAGCGUAAGUGAUCCUGACUCUCUUCCUGGGAAGUAGACGGUUGCUCCUACGUUACAUGUGCAGCCCGAAGACCCUACGAAGAGGCCACCGAUCCCGCAUCUUUCCUUCCAGCAUAUUCCUUUAGAGAAGCUCCGAUUCCUGCUUGUAUUGGGCAGUGCGUGCGUUUCGACGACGAAUUAUUCCUUUUUAACGUGGCAGCACUUGCCUCAGAGUCGAUAGGUAGUCGACUGCACUCCUCAUGGCUCGAGGAUGCUCUUCUCUAAUUGAUGCAGGGAACUUGGACCUUCAUGCUGUCCGGCAACUCAGAUAAAUUGAAUGCGUCAUUCUUUCUAUAUGGUAUGAUUACACUUCUUUGGGGCUGCGACAUCCGCAUCUACGAACGCUUGGAGUCAUCGGGCUUCACAUUCAUGUUCCUGUGACUGCGCACAGUUUGCUCUUCCCUGUAUUCUCGAUUUUUAGUGCAAAUUUCGAUUGAGGACAGGUAAGUCUUAUACUCUGAUGAUCUUCAUACUCUGAAUGUUGAUGUUGACAUGGAGAGCGGAAUGAAAGAGAAAGUAGUAGGACUUGAAGUUUCAAUAGCCCCGCUUAUUAUCAUUGGAACCAGUUUCAAAAGUAUAUAUCUUCCUUUUGCAAUGUAGAGGAUUCAGUAAAUUAUCUCCAAAACACAGAGCGCCGACACGUAGCACCGACUAAUAGUGAGCUCGAAAUGCACUGCUCUUCAUACGAGUUUAGAAUGCAUUGUUUGUGUUCUUACUUUCAGUUUCAUAGAAUCCAGGUAUCUCCAUCUAAUGUUAACCAUCAGGACUGAGACUAUCACUGAUCGCUAAAAAUUCCGGAAAACUUGAGGGUGAGGGAAGCCUGAACAAACCUGAGAAGCACAAUACGAUGGACGAAUGGAGAGCGAGUCAUCUAUUGAGGCUAGAUCCGAUUAUAUACGUGGACCGAGACGCAGGAUGGGCCCGGGCCAGUUUUGUUUCCGAUAUCGAGGUAGAGAUGUAAUCGACAUCUGGCCUGAGGUGAGCAAGCACAACGAGUUUGGUUUUCUGCAAGAAUUCGACUCUUGUCCACAUACAUCUUGAGGUUACGAUACUUCACAUAGGUGUAUCUCUCGUCAAUCAUUCCACGAAUUGGAAGAAAUCUUCUCUCGUUUAGAUUAUUAGAUCGGCACGGGUGACUUUGAAAAUCUCCAGCGUCGAAAUUCACGAGCUAAUCGUGGAAAUCAUUAGAUUAUUUCAUUUUCAGACCGAUUUGGCUUGCUUUGGUUUGGACAGAAGUGACUCAUAAUAUAAACGAUCUUCGUGUACGACUGAGACUUCUCACCGUGCAGGUCGUUGUUCCCAGUGUUCCAAGUAAUUGUGCUGGAUAAGUAUCGUCAAAAACUCCAAUAUAAACAUCCUCACUCAAGUAUGCAGUGAUCAUUAAUUGUACAAUUCUAUCCCAUUGGAUUCAAUAAGAGUUAAAAUGUAUGCG